CAAACCUUACUUCUUUGUAACAGCUAGUAGUUUUACCAUCUUCAACGUCAAACCUAACAUAACAUCAUCAUCAAAACAUUAAACAAAACCCCCAAAUUUCUUCUAUUCUCUCAAUCAUUCCCAUUUCUAUUCUCACCCCCAAAACCCAAACCCAAGAACAAGAAAAUUUUAUCUAAGAUUCAAGAUUCACAUUCACAAUUCCAGACCCUCAUUCUUCUCCAAGAGUGUUACAACUUCCACACUGGAGAAUAAUAACCCUAAUAUCAAACUCAAUGUUCUCAAACCCAUAUCUUCUAACUUUCUCUCUCCUUCUUUCUCUUCCAAUUCUCUUCUUUCUCGCUCCUGCUAUUCUCCCACCUCAUCCUUCUCCCAUUCCAAUCUCCCCAACCGAUGAACUCGAUGACAUCAACCUCUUCAACACCGCUAUUUCACAUUCUACACCCCCUUCUUCCUCUUCACACCCCUCCAAAUUCUUUCAUCUCUCUUCCAAAAACCCUACCUUCAAAAUCGCUUUCCUUUUCCUCACAAACACCGAUCUCCAUUUCACCCCUCUCUGGAAUCUCUUCUUCCAAACAACCCCAUCUAAAUUAUUCAAUGUUUAUGUUCAUUCCGACCCGCGCGUGAACCUCACGCUCCUCCGUUCAAGCAACAAUUACAACCCCAUCUUCAAAUUUAUAUCUUCGAAGAAAACCUACCGUGCUUCACCCACUUUAAUCUCCGCCACGCGCCGUUUACUUGCUUCGGCGAUCCUCGACGAUGCUUCCAAUGCUUAUUUCAUCGUUCUUUCCCAAUAUUGCAUCCCUCUUCAUUCAUUUGAUUAUAUCUAUAAAUCACUUUUUCUUUCACCGACGUUUGAUUUAACCGAUUCGGAAUCAACCCAAUUUGGUGUUCGGUUGAAAUAUAAAAGCUUUAUUGAAAUUAUCAACAAUGGACCUAGGUUAUGGAAGCGUUACACAGCGCGUGGUCGUUACGCGAUGAUGCCGGAAGUUCCGUUUGAGAAAUUUCGUGUUGGGUCGCAGUUUUUUACUUUGACAAGAAAACAUGCUUUGGUUGUUGUUAAGGAUAGGACAUUGUGGAGGAAGUUUAAGGUUCCUUGUUACCGUGAUGAUGAGUGUUAUCCUGAAGAACAUUAUUUUCCUACGUUGUUGUCUAUGGAGGAUUCUGACGGUGUUACUGGCUAUACACUUACCAAUGUGAAUUGGACUGGGACUGUUAACGGGCAUCCUCAUACGUAUCAGCCGGAGGAAGUGUCACCGGAGCUUAUUCUCCGGUUGAGAAAGUCGACUAAUUCGGAGAGUUUUUUGUUUGCCAGGAAAUUUGUUCCUGAUUGCUUGGAACCAUUGAUGGGUAUUGCCAAAUCUGUUAUUUUCAAAGAUUGAAAAUUUGGGGAGAAAUUUCAAGAUCUUGAUAUGAUGAAAAAUUUCAGUGAAUGUGAAGAUAUUUAUGGCUGAGAUGAUAUUGCUUGAUGAUGUUGUGGCUAUAGCUUGAUGGUGGUAUAUAGUUUGAAGAAGCAAUGUACGGCUCACAACCUAUAUACCGGAAACUCUCUGAUGGACCGACUCCAUAUUUCAUUAAUGAUGAAUCAAAUUCAAGAAAACAGAGAGAUAGGUAGAUGAUGAGUAAAAAAAGAGAGGCAGGUGCUCUUCUAUAUUCAGUUGGUGCAAGUUGGUUAAGUAAAUUGCCAUAGAAGAUUGUUUAGGUAAUUUUGUCUUAUCUGAUUUUUGUACAUAUGAAGCGUGUAAACAUACUAGUAAGAAGUUCCAAAAGUGUACUUCUUUUGGUCAAAAAACAUGAAGUGUUGCCUGAACAUGAGGUAACAUUGAUGAUGUAAAAAUAUUCCGUUCAAAUUUGGCCAAUUGCUUGUGAAUUCUGCAAUUGAUCCUUUUUGCAACUGUUCUAUUUUCCCUUU